AUGGCUGAAUGGAACACCUCCUCUGUGACAGAAUUCAUCCUCGCAGGCUUAACAGAUCAGCCAGAACUCCGGAUCCCCCUCUUCUUCCUGUUUCUGUGUUUCUACAUGGUCACCGUAGUGGGCAACCUGGGCUUGAUAACCUUGAUUGGACUGAAUUCUCACCUUCAUAUUCCCAUGUACUUUUUCCUCUUCAACUUGUCCUUCAUAGAUUUUAGUUUCUCUACUGCCAUCGUCCCUAAAAUGCUGACAAGUUUCAUCUCAGAGAAGAACUUCAUUUCCUAUGCAGGGUGUAUGACUCAGCUCUUUUUCUUCUGUUUCUUUGUCUUUUCUGAAUCCUUCAUCCUGUCAGCAAUGGCAUAUGACCGCUAUGUCGCCAUCUGUAAGCCACUGGUGUACACGGUCACCAUGUCUCCUCGGGUGUGUUUACUCCUUUUGUUGGGGGUCUAUGGGAUGGGAGUGUUUGGGGCUAUGGCCCAUACAGGAAAUAUAGUAUAUCUGACUUUCUGUGGUGACAACCUUGUCAAUCACUAUAUGUGUGACAUCAUUCCCCUCCUUGAACUCUCCUGUAACAGCUCUUAUGUAAAUUUGCUGGUAGUCUUUAUUGUUGUGACUAUUGGCAUUGGGGUGCCCAUUGUUGCCAUUUUUAUCUCUUAUGGUUUUAUUCUUUCUAGCAUUUUCCACAUUAGCUCCACUAAGGGAAGGUCCAAGGCUUUCAGUACUUGCAGUUCCCACAUACUUGCAGUUUCUCUUUUCUUUGGGUCAGGAGCUUUUAUGUACCUCAAACCACCUUCUAUUUUACCUCUUGAUCAGGGAAAAGUGUCCUCCUUGUUCUAUACCAUUGUGGUGCCCAUGUUCAAUCCAUUAAUCUAUAGCUUGAGGAAUAAGGAUGUCAAAUUUGCCCUCAAGAAAACCUUGGACAGAAUAACAUUGUCUUGA